AUGAAUCAAACAAAUAUAUUAUUGUUUAUGAUGAUGUUGGCAAUGAUGUUGGUCGUUGCAAUUGCCACAUCGUCACCUAAUACACAACAACCAUACGCCUCACCAGUCAAGAACAACAAGAAUGAUAACAAUGAUGAUAGUGAUCUGAUACAAUCAUCGUUGAGACUAUUCGAUAGUAGGAAGCCUCCUCCAUCAGUGUUUGAAUUGUUCUACAAUACAUUGGAGUCAUACAUGAAAUCAGAUGCUGCAGAUACAUUGGACGAUGAACAGGCAGAAGCAGCAGCAACAACAACAAUAUCAAUGAAUGGCAAAUCAAUCAGAUCAACAAAAUCACAACAUCGUACUGAUAGUCUAUCAAUCAAUGAUAUGUUUACAAACUUCAAUCACUUUGCUCAUCAACUUGGACAACUGUACUCGACUUCAAAGAAGGCAAAGGUCAGCGUCAGCAGUCCGACUAUGCGCAAGAUCGAUCCCAACACUCCACUCUUUCCCGCUGUACAUAAAAGUUGGAAGCAACAGCAACAAAACAAACAACAUCAGCCAGCACUAUUAGUACAACAACCAAAAAAGAACAUUGGUCAAGAGGAGUUGGAGUUGGCUGACACACCAUCCAAGUAUUGUUCAAACAAAGGAUACAUGACCUAUCAAGAAUUGGACACUAACUCUUGCAAGGGACUAUCAUCAUGUGCUCCACAUCUACUGAUAUGUAAUGGCAAUACCAUCAUGUGUCUAUCUCUCAAUAUGACAUGUGAGUCCAAACAAACCAACUGCUCUGUGGACAUUCUCGAGAAUCUACCUUGCUCGCUUGGAUGCAACACACAGUUGAACACUAGCUUCUGUGACUGUCCAGCUGACACUGCUGGAUUGGACUGCUCCAUGAAUGCCAACUACACCUGUAGCCUUGGCAUUGUCCACCCAACUCCAAAGUGCACAGGAAACUUUGUACUGUCCACAACAACAUGUUUUGAGUACAAGACUGCGGACACAGCAGCAUUUGGAUUCAACAUGACCUGUACAUUUGAUCAACUUCCAAUCAAGCCAUCGCCAUACCACAAGUUCAGCUAUUGGAUUGACAUGCCCAAUUUCAAGCUUAGCAACCCGGUGACCUGGAAUGUUAACAACGACAUUGUUGACUUCAACAGGCUGUAUGAUUACUCUCAGACGACGAGCCAACCGCUGAGCCGCGACCAGAUCAUGGGCAACCAGUUGGUAUGGUUUAACACAUCGCUGUCCAGUGUGCCAUCGCAGUUCUGGAUCGCCCGACGACUCUAUGUCGAGACUAGCCUUGCCAUGAGUGUUGAUCUCAACCAAACGCAAGUGAAGUACUUCAUCAAGUCCAGUGACUAUCCGCUCAACAACGCAACGUUUGCCAAGAUGCCAGGAUGGAAGAUCGCACUAAUUGUCAUUGGCAGUGUACUUGCCUUUGCAGGAGUUGCAUUCGGCACAUUCUAUUUAUACAGGAAGAAGCUACGUGUU